AUGUCGCAUAACGAACAUUAUCAAGAUGAUAUUAUGUUUAUUACACAAUUAACACGUAACAUUCUAAGCACACUUGGAGUCUGGCCGUCUUUCAGCAGAAAAAGAACUAUCAUUGAAAGAAUUAACAAGUUUCUACUAAUCUGUAUAUCUUACGCUCUUCUCUAUUCCAUUCUGAUUCCCGGUUUCCUCUUCUGGAUACUCGAAAAGAGAACACAUGUCAAAAUUCAGACGUUGCCUCUGCUUAUUUUCGGCUUCAUGGCCAUAAGUAAAUACGUUAAUUUAAUAUUUCGCGAGGGACAGCUCAAGCGCUGCUUGAAACAUAUCGAAGAAGAUUGGAGAAAUGUCACCAGUAUGAGCGCACGAAACACGAUGAUUGAAUCCGCGAAAACCGGAAGACGCCUAGUUGCAAUUUGCGCAGCCUUUAUGUAUAGCAGCGGACUCUCCUUUCGACUGAUUUUACCAUUUGUUAGGGGAAAAAUUAUUAACGCGCAGAAUAUCACGAUUAAACCUUUGCCAUGUCCAGGAUACUACGUUUUCUUCAAUUCACAAGUCAGUCCUGUUUAUGAGAUAAUUUUCGCGAUACAGUGCUUAUCGGGUUUAGUUACCUUUUCGAUCACAACGGGUGUAUGUGGUCUCGUUGCCGUAUUCGUGAUGCACGCCUGCGGCCAGUUAAAAAUUCUGAUAGAGCUAAUGAGAAAUCUUGUUGAAAACCAGUGGCAAGAAAAACAAGAGGUAGAUAAAAAGCUAGCCGCAGUAGUCGAACAUCAAAUAAGAAUACGAUAUUUUUUGCAAUUAGUGGAACAUACAAUGCAACAAAUAUGUUUAAUUGAAUUAAUGGGAUGUACAUCAAUCGUAUGCAUUCUUGGAUAUUGCAUAAUAGUGGAAUGGGAGAAAAGCAAUACAAUAGCUACAUGUUCUUACUUUAUGUCGGUUACGUCUAUGAUGAUAAAUAUGUUUCUGUUUUGUUAUACCGGUGAACAGCUUACCGUUCAGGCGGAGAAGGUAGCUAGUACAUCGUGCGAACUCGAAUGGUAUCGCCUUCCGAACAAGAAAGCGCGUGGUAUCGUGCUGGUGAUGAUUAUAUCUAAUUUGCCUACGAAGUUAACUGCUGGAAAAAUCAUGGAUCUAUCAUUCAAAACAUAUGGUGAUGUUGUAAAAACAGCUGUAACAUAUUUCAAUAUGCUUCGAAACGUAAUUGAAUGAAUAUUUUUGUUCUAAUCGUCGAAAUCAUCUGGGCAAUUGUAAUAGUAACAUCGUUGUAUCGUGUAUACACUUUUAUGAUAUAUCAGACAAAACAAAAGUUUGAUAUAUGAA